GGCACUGCAGUCCUCAGUGCUGCUCUGCCACCGCCAUGAAACGUCUGUGGGUCGCGGCGCUGCUGCUGCUGUGCGUCUGCCAUGCGGGGGCUGUGCCUGCGCACCAAUCUGAGCCCCAGAGCGAAGACCCCCAGGAGACCCCCCCAGACACCACCACCCUCCUGAGCCGCCACUUCCAGACCCUGAGCGACUUCUUCACCAAAGAGCUGCCCCAGCGCCUGCGGGCGGACGAGAUACAGCAGCAGGCCAAGGCCUAUGCGGAGCGUGCAGAGGUGCAGCUGCGGCCUUUGGCUCAGGAGCUGCGCACCAACGUGCUGGGGCUGUUCUCCUCCUUCCUGGAUCUGGGGAAGACUGGGGGCAUGGAGAAGGACUGAGCCCCAUAGAAACGGGACUGAGCCCCAUAGAAACGGGACUGAGCCCCACAGCGAUGAUAUGGGGGGAAUAAAGCGUGGAGCUGCUA